AUGGCCAAAAAGAAACAGAAAAAGAGAGUGAUCUUUGGCUCAGAUAGUGAUGACGAGGCUACUAGUGACAAUAACAAUACCAGUGACAAAUUUGAUGCAUAUAUGAAGGCAAAGGCUAAGAAGGUGAAAGUGAAGACCACCAGAGCUCAAGAGAGCAGCUCAAAGCUAUUCCAAGAGCUACCUGAUCAAAUGAUAGAAUCUCAGACUCCGGACAAGCCAAACAUCUCGAUAAUCAAUAACAUGCUGAAAUCUCAAAAAGAUCGUGAAUUAGAUAAGAUAUAUGCACAAUCUAUAAAGAUACAAGCUGAAAGAGAUCUUGACCAACAUCCAACGAAGCCUGAGACCCUAAACUUUGUUACUGAUAAUUAUAAAGACAAGAAAGCAGAAUAUGAAAGGGUACAGCAGUUAAUGUUGAAAGAGGAAAAGAUAGCCAGCAGUGCUGGUCCAUUAGAACACAGUUUACACAAUUCUGAAGGUGUUGCCUCAUACAUUCUAACAAAAAAGGAUGUAGGAACGCCUCUUGUCAUUGACAAACCGGUGGAACAAAAUAAUGCAUCAACUGUAAAUGAAGUUAACCAAAUGUUUCAUAAUGACAUCUAUAGACCCAAGAGCUAUGUUAGAAGAUCAACCUCUAGUUCGGAAAAUAACCUGUCAAAGUCACAACAAAUGUUACAAACCAUCGACAAAGAAGUUAAACUUGAAGCCACUAAAGAGUUUCUCAAGAGCAACAUACACUUGUACAAUUUAGAUGUCCUAUUGAAAGAAUACUUUUCAAGGGUUGAAAAGCAACGCUCAAGUAUUGAGAGAUAG